UUCAAGACUGUUCAAGACUCAACUGCAGUCAAUUUCAUUUAAUAGAUCAGCUGUUCAUACCGCUGCUGACGCCUAGUUUUGUUUUUGUAGAAUUCGUACGUUCUUGUAUGCAAAGUAUUAGCUAUUAGCAUCAAAAGAUUUAAAUAUAAAUAGUCUUAUUUAUCGACAUUUUUAUUCAAUCAAUUUCUGAGAAAUCAUAAUGGAAAACAAACCACAGAACCCUCAGCCAGGAGAUGGUCUGAGGUCAAUGAGGACAACAAUGCUCUUUCGGGCGGUUAAUUUCGAAUUGUAUACACGACCUAACAUGAUAAUAAUGGGACUGGGUAUUGCGGCGAUGACUGGAUGUGCCGGCUACAUAUUUUACAUGCGUUCGAAAUACGAGGGUAUGGGUUUUUACACCGCGGUGGAAUCGGAUGGCAAGGAAACGUUUAAAAAGAAAGUUUCCAAAUGGAAUAAUUGAUUAUAACUGAUUAUUCGCAUUUAUUUAUUUAUUAUUAGUUACUUGUACAUUGUGUAAAUAUGGACAAAAUUAAUAAAAAGUGGAUGCAA